UAAUAGAUAAAAUUUAUCUAUUACUCGGUGGUCAGUCGAGGCGGACGGUCGUAAUAAAAUCGCACGCGUAUUUCACUUUUAGUCCUGACUAAAUUUAAAUUUUAAAAUAAAUAACGUUCGACUUAACAAUUGAUUAAAUUUCUAAUUAUAAUUAAAUAAAUAAAAUGUGUUCGGACAAUACACCCAAUAUUACUGUUGAUGAAUUCGUGAUCGCAAUAGUCACGACUUGUCCUCACACAUCAUCGUUCAAGGAUUACAUUUCCGAGUUAGUAAGUUCAUCUAGUAAAGGAAGAAAAGACAAAUGGAGUAAUUUUUGUAAUACAAUUCGAGGAAGCGACGAACCGGCUAAUCGUCAUUGGCGCGAUUCCGCGAAAAAAAAAUUUAUAAAAAAUAUCAUCGAAAUUGAACGCGAUCUCUAUCAGAGACUUUCGUUUUUAAAUGACCCGAAUAAUGCAGAAGCUAUUGAUACAUUUCUAAGUAGUCAAUUAAAUAAACAAAAAUACAGUGAGUCGGUGAUAAGAUGCACUAGAGAAUAUUUACGUCUGCGUAGUAAUGGUGGUGUGCUUGAUAUCAGUUCAGAUUUUGAUUGUGAUGAUAAUAAUAAUACUGCUGAUGAUGGGCUUGAGACUGAAGAUGCAUCGGAUACUCCAACUGGGAUCGAGACUAAAGAUGUAUCGGAUACUCCAACUGGGAUCGAGACUAAAGAUUUAUCGGAUACUCAAACUGGGAUCGCGAGUGAAGAUAUACCAGAUAUUCAAACUGGUACCGUAAGUGAAGAUGUUCCAGAGGAUAAUCCCAGCUUAUCCAGUGAAGAUGCUGCAGUGGCCGAAGUCAGUGAAGAAUGUCCUACCGAAAUUGAGGAUCAGCAUCCACCUAAAAAAGCUUACCAGAGUAAAAAUAAAUUCUUCGUAGUUGAUCCUUCAUAUUUGAAUGAAAGAGAAAUCAAGGAAGUUGUUAGCACUGCUUUCCAAAUGGCCAAGGAAGCUACAAAGGACAAAACUAUUGUUCAAGCAGUAGUAAGUCAAUUAAAAACAAGUGACAAUCAAAGCUUUUCGCUUGUUAAGAGAGAUCCUAGAACACCAGAUGGAACUCCUUACUCAUCAUCGAGUUCAGCUACGAUAUCCGCAGAUGAAAGUUCUAGAAUACUAAAUAUUACAAGUGAAUAUGCAGCCAGCACGUCUGGUAAAUCAUCACUUGACCCGACUAAACCACCAAUCAAACCACCUGCGAAGCCGCCAACUCCACCAACUGGACCGCCUGCAGGACCUAGAGGAUCGCGUAGAAGCUCAUGUGAAAGUACCAGUAGCUCUUCAUCUUACUCAUCUUCUAACCGGGUUACACUAAAGCCACCUAAAACGCCAACUAAAUCAUCUGCAAAGCCGCCAAGAUCACCAAAUAAGUCGCUAAAAUCACCAAAUAAGUCGUCUAUAGGAGCUAAAGGACCACAUAGAAGUUCAUCUGACUCAUCUCCUCAACGGCUUACACCAAACCCGCCUAAAACGCCAACUAAAUCACCUGCAAAGCCGCCAAGAUCACCAAAUAAGUCACUGAAAUCACCAAAUAAGCCGUCUAUAGGAGCUAAAGAACCACGUAGAAGUUCAUCUGACUCAUCUCCUGAACGGCUUACACCAAACCCGCCUAAAACGCCAACUAAAUCACCUGCGAAGCCGCCAAGAUCACCAAAUAAACUGUCUACAAGAGCUAAAGAACCACAUUGUAGUACAUGUGAAAGUACCAGUGGCUCUUCAUCUCACUCAUCUUCUGAACCGUUUACAAGAGAUCCGACUAGACCACCAAUUAAACCGCCUGGACAAACGCCAAGAUCACCAGGCAAACCACCUAAAGGGCCUAGAAGACGACGUAGUAGUUCAUCUGAAAGUCGCAGUAGCCCUCCAUCUAACUCGUCCUCGGAAUCAUUUCUACCUACCAUACCUAGGGGACCAAAUACCAGUUCACCUCAGCGUAGAAGUCGCUCACCUGGAGAUAGACGUCGAGCCUUAAAAGCUGGUGAUUCACCUAAACAAGCUACUGAACUUGUUGAAACUACACCGAACGAAUUAUCAAGACCAGGAUCCCCACCGCCAGCUAGACCACCAGUUAGACCGCCGAUCCGACCUCCAAACAAACCACCAAACAGGCCACCAGGAAACCGAAGAGAUUCAGAUGCCGGUGAAGACGCUACUUCCACACCUGGAGAUGAACGUGGAACCUCAGAAACUGGUAAUUCAGCUGAACAAGCUACUGAACUUUUUGAAACUACACCGAACGAAUUAUCAAGACCAGGAUCCCCACCGCCAGCUAGACCACCAGUUAGACCGCCGAUCCGACCUCCAAAUAAACCACCAAACAGGCCACCAGGAAACCGAAGAGAUUCAGAUGCCGGUGAAGACGCUACAUCGUAAGUUCAAUUUGAAUAAUUUGACGAUAAAGAAAUAGCAAAAAUAAAUAAAUUGCUUUUAAAUUUUUCAUUACUUAAAAUACUUAAACUGAUUAUUCAUACAUAUGAAAAUCAUGUCACACAUUUUAUAAAUUUUAUUAUCAUAGAUUAUUGCUUUAGACAAUAAUUAUUUUAGCCAUUGAUCAAAUAACUAAAAUCAUUCUAUUAUUAUUUUCUUAAGACAUGAGUCAUCAGCUUAAAAUUCGGUUUUAUUUAUGUAGUACGUCAUGUUUAAGCAUCAUUUUUUUCAAUCAUGUAUAACUUACUAUUAUUAUUAUUAUUGUUAUGUGCUUUGUUUUAGUAUAAAUUAUUGUCACCAUUAUUUACAAAUUAUUUAGUUCUUACAUUAGUACUAAUUUUAAUGAACGAAAAUUUUUUAUAAAAAUAAAAUUUAAUUAAAAUGUAAUAAUAUAACUAUCCGUCAAAGCAAAAUAACUGUAUAAAACAUAUGUGUAUCACCAAAAUAUUCGCAUUAUCAUAACAUUGGUCUACAAUUCAAGUUUUAAUUGACAUCCACAUUUGAAGCUGAUAAAUAAAUAAAUAAAUAAAUAUGAUAAUGUGUAAAAUAAA